AUGGGUAUUCAUGCAGCCAUAGAACGUAAGAUCAAAGUGCUAGAGGUGUAUGAGGAUUCUGCGCUAUUAAUCUAUCAACUCAAGGGAGAAUGGGAGACAAGAGAUCCUAAGUUGAUCGAUUAUCGAAAGCUGAUUCUUGAAUUGAUUAAAAUGUUUGAUGAUAUCACCUCCUGCUACCUUCCUCGAGACGAAAACCAGAUGGCUGAUGCCCUAGCUACUUUAGCUUCCAUGAUUAAAGUAAACAAACAAGAGGAUACAAAACCUAUCUGGAUGAGUAUUUGUGAAGCUCUGGCUCAUUGUUACAAUAUCGAAGAAGAAGAAAAAGAUGAUCACCCAUGGUACCACGAUAUAUUGCGAUAUAUGAAGAGUCGUGAAUACCCUAACCAGGAGGCCAAGGCCGAUGAAAAACGACAUGAUUUUGGGCUCGAGGAGUCGAAAGGUCGAAAAUGGCCAUUUUUCAAUUUUUCGGCCACCAUGAACGGUGACCGGCAGCCGUCACAGUGGCCAAUGGCCGGAGUUAGGAAAGGAGGAGAGAGUUGA